AUGGUCUCCGGAGGUGGUUGUGAAACCAACGGUGAGGCAGCUUCGUCGUCAAGCCACCGCGUCGAACAGAGCAGCCGUCGCACGACUAAUCACCUCCAAGAACAAGCUCAGUCGUCGCCAAGUAAACCCCUAAGAUCAUCACAGAACAAGCCGCAAAACCACGGCGGCGCCGGCGGCACAGAGUCGAUGAGCAAAGCUACCCAACAGUUCACUCUCGACGCCAGACUUCACGCCGUCUUUGAGCAGUCCGGUGAGUCCGGCAAGUCGUUCGAUUACUCUCAGUCCCUCAAAUCGACGACGAACGGUUCCUCCGUACCGGAGCAGCAGAUUACGGCUUAUCUCUCUCGGAUCCAGCGCGGCGGUUAUAUCCAGCCUUUCGGAUGCUUAAUCGCCGUCGACGAAUCCACCUUCACCAUCAUCGGUUACAGUGAAAAUGCACGGGAAAUGCUAGGGCUCAUGUCUCAAUCUGUUCCAAGCAUCGAGGAAAAGUCAGAGAUUCUAGCGAUUGGCACGGAUUUGCGCUUCCUCUUCAAGCCGUCGAGCAUCGUUCUCCUCGAACGCGCCUUCGUGGCCCGAGAAAUCACGCUCUUAAACCCAGUUUGGAUUCACUCUAAGAACACUGGCAAACCUUUUUACGCGAUUCUUCACAGGGUCGAUGUAGGAAUCGUGAUCGAUUUAGAACCGGCUCGAACCGAAGAUCCAGCGCUUUCAAUUGCCGGUGCGGUCCAAUCGCAGAAACUCGCAGUCCGGGCGAUUUCUCAUUUGCAAUCGAUUCCCGGCGGCGACAUCAAGCUCCUCUGUGACACUGUUGUGGAAAGCGUUAGAGAUCUCACUGGUUACGACCGUGUUAUGGUGUACAAGUUUCAUGAAGACGAACACGGUGAGGUCGUCGCUGAGAGUAAACGGAACGAUUUAGAACCUUAUAUUGGCUUGCAUUAUCCAGCUACUGAUAUUCCUCAGGCAUCUCGGUUCUUGUUCAAGCAGAACCGUGUUAGAAUGAUUGUAGAUUGCCAUGCGUCACCGGUUCGUGUUGUCCAAGACGAUAGGCUCACGCAGUCUAUAUGCUUGGUGGGUUCGACUCUACGAGCUCCUCACGGCUGUCACGCUCAGUACAUGGCUAACAUGGGCUCUAUUGCGUCGUUGGCCUUGGCCGUGAUAAUAAAUGGAAAUGAAGAAGAUGGGAACGGUGGAGGAAGAAACUCGAUGAGGCUUUGGGGUUUAGUCGUUUGCCAUCACACAUCGGCUCGUUCCAUACCUUUUCCUCUGAGGUACGCUUGUGAGUUUCUAAUGCAGGCCUUUGGCUUACAGCUAAACAUGGAGUUGCAGUUAGCCUUGCAGGUGUCUGAAAAACGUGUUCUGAGAAUGCAGACUUUGUUAUGCGACAUGCUUCUUCGUGAUUCUCCUGCAGGGAUUGUCACGCAGAGUCCGAGCAUCAUGGAUUUGGUAAAAUGUAACGGCGCGGCGUUUCUUUACCGAGGGAAGUAUUAUUCGUUGGGUGUGGCUCCGACUGAGAAUCAGAUAAAUGAUAUUGUGGAGUGGUUGCUUGCUAACCAUUCUGAUUCUACUGGUUUAAGCACUGAUAGUUUAGGCGAUGCGGGUUAUCCUCGAGCAGCUGCUUUAGGGGAUGCUGUUUGCGGUAUGGCGGUCGCGUAUAUCACUAAAAGUGACUUCUUGUUCUGGUUCCGGUCUCAUACCGAGAAAGAGAUCAAAUGGGGAGGGGCUAAGCACCAUCCCGAGGAUAAAGAUGAUGGCCAGCGAAUGCAUCCACGUUCUUCGUUUAAGGCUUUUCUCGAAGUUGUUAAGAGCCAAUGUCAGCCGUGGGAAACUGCUGAAAUGGACGCUAUUCACUCGCUCCAGCUUAUUCUAAGAGAUUCUUUCAAGGAGUCUGAAGCGAUGGAAGCUAAAGCCGCUGCUUCUGGUGCGGUUCAGCCACAUGGAGAGGAUGGGGCAGAGCAAGGGAUGGUGGAGAUAGGUGCAGUUGCGAGAGAGAUGGUUAGGCUCAUUGAGACUGCGACGGUCCCUAUAUUUGCUGUGGAUAUCGACGGCUGCAUUAAUGGGUGGAACGCCAAGAUCGCAGAGCUUACUGGUCUUUCUGUUGACGAAGCUAUGGGAAAGUCUCUGGUUGGAGAUUUGAUACACAAAGAGUACGAAGAAGCAGUUGAUAGGCUUCUUUCUUGUGCUCUCAAAGGAGACGAAGGCAAGAAUGUGGAGGUCAAGCUGAAAACUUUUGGUGCCGAGCUACAAGGGAAAGCGGUGUUUGUGGUUGUCAACGCAUGCUCAAGCAAGGACUACUUAAACAACAUUGUUGGGGUCUGCUUUAUUGGACAAGAUGUAACUAGUCAUAAAACUGUUAUGGACAAGUUCAUCAAUAUACAAGGCGACUACAAGGCCAUCAUCCAUAGCCCAAACCCUCUGAUCCCUCCAAUAUUUGCAUCGGAUGAGAACACGUGCUGCUUGGAAUGGAACACUGCAAUGGAAAAUCUCACAGGCUGGCCUCGCAGUGAAGUGAUUGGCAAAUUGCUUGUUAAGGAAGUGUUUGGGAGCUGUUGCAGGCUAAAGGGUCCUGAUGCGUUGACUAAGUUCAUGAUCGUUUUGCAUAAUGCGAUUGGUGGCCAAGACACAGAUAAAUUCCCUUUCCCGUUCUUCGACCGCAGAGGGAAAUUCAUUCAGGCUCUCCUGACUAUGAACAAACGGGUCAACCCCAACGGUGAGGUCAUUGGAGCUUUCUGUUUCUUGCAGAUACCGAGUCUCGAGCUGCAACAAGCUCUAGAGAUCCAGCGGAGGCAGGAGAGUGAGUGCUUCUCGAGGGGUAAGGAGUUGGCUUACAUUAUCCAAGUUAUAAAGAAUCCAUUGAGCGGUUUGCGUUUCACAAGUUCAUUGCUAGAGGCCACGGAUUUAAGCGAGGAUCAGAAGCAGUAUCUUGAAACAAGUGUUUCAUGCGAGAAGCAGAUCUCAAAGAUUGUAGGAAACAUGGAUGCCAAAAGCAUUGAAGACGGUUCAUUUCAGUUAGAGAGAACAGAGUUCAUCAUUGGCAGCGUCAUAAACGCAGUGGUAAGCCAAGCUAUGUUGGUGGUGAGAGAGAGAAAUCUUCAGCUGAUCCGGAACAUCCCCAUGGAGAUCAAAUCCAUGGUUGUCUAUGGUGACCAGAUAAGGAUCCAACAAGUCCUGGCGGAUUUUUUGCUAAGUAUCGUCCGUUAUGCACCCACUGAAGGCUCUGUGGAACUCCAUGUACACCCGGUUUUGAAACAAAUGGCUGAUGGGUUCUCUGCUAUACGCAUAGAGUUCAGGAUGGCGUGUGCAGGGGAAGGUGUGCCGCCGGAGAAAGUGCAAGAUAUGUUCCACAGUAGCCGAUGGACCAGUCAUGAAGGAUUAGGGCUAAGCGUUUGUAGGAAGAUUCUGAAGCUAAUGAACGGAGAGGUUCAGUACAUAAGGAAAUUCGAACGCUCUUAUUUCCUAAUCCUUAUCGAGCUCCCGGUCCCUCUGAUGCCCUCUUAGUGAAUGGCCGUGAAAGUUUUGAUUCCGGUGCAUGUAGAUUUGGGAGGAAGAGGAAAAUGUAAGAGUAGUAAUAUAGUUAAGAGUUUUUUUUUUGGUUGGUCUACGUAGUAUACUGUGUAUUAUUAUAGUCUUAUAGAAAGAAAUAAAAUAGCUUCCUACAAAUGUUAUGUUUUAUUUCUUUUUCUUUUGAACUAGUGUAUUAUUAUAGUCUCAUAUAUUUUUGGAGU